AUGAAGAGAAUUGUUAUUGGUUGUUUACAAGUUGGCAGUCUUGAUGCGACUAAUCCUAUUGUGCUGAACAAAGGUUGCUGCCAGUGCAUUCUGAGAAUUCAGAGCCACUCAUUUGAAGGACACGAAUACACGCCUUCAUUGCCAUUGAUUGCCAAAAUUGUGUUGGAAAAUAUGAACACGAUGUCAUAUAAUCAUGACUUUCACUUGGAACUCAACUCGAUGUUCUUCCAACCAGUAUGUACCCACAAUACACGUAUAGGACAGCUGAAAGUGAAAUUUGAGAACGAGUCGUAUAUGGACGGACUCUUAUGGGGUUGUGUCGGCUUGAAGUCUUUAGAUCUAUCUUUUGAAAGGAUAGUCAGUGGCUUUUCC